AUGUUUGGUUUCAGGCGGCAACGAAGAAGGGAUGCUUUUUUCACCUCUGUUCUGCCACGUCCAGCGAAAUCCGGCGACUCGAAUUACUUUGAUCUUGAAGCUUUGGUUGUCAAUGAAUCAGAGAGUAACAUAACCGUGGUCGAACCGGAGAAGAAUCCGAGAAAACGAGGGAGAAAACCUGAGAACGGAAGAGAAGAGCUGUUGAAUCAUGUUGAAGCAGAGAGGCAUAGAUGA